UAGUCGUAUUAGAUUACAGUCUGUUGAUUCCUAAAUUUCAAGCAAUUAUAACCUAAGAAUUAUAACUUAUUAGGUUAUCCGGUGAGAAAAUUAGUCGAAAAGUUUAAACCCUCUUAAAGCCAAAAAGAAGAAGAAGAAGAAAAUUAGUCUUCGUGCCAUUGUUAUCGGUUGCUUUACUCAAAUUAAAAGCGGAACAUGAAUUAGACUGUGUUUUCAAAAAAAGUGUACGUUCAUCUGAAACCAAUCGAGAAAAUAGUGCAAUUCGAUUGAGGCAAAAAAUAGAGCCACAAUGAAUAACAAUGGAUUCAGCACCGGAGAGGAAGAUUCGCGGGGUCCCGCGGAUCAAAUUUGCUGUCUCCUAGACGACGGCGAACGAUGCCGGAACCAAGCCGGGAAUGCUUCGUACAGCAAACGUAUCCAGAAAACCGUAACACAGAGACGAUUAAAGUUAAACAUUGAUUCAGCAGCUCGCCACAUUUACAUUUGUGAUUUCCACAAAGGCCGCAUCCAGUGUGCCCGCACUAAACGUCGCCGACGUGAUUCGGAGGAUGACAGCAACGAAACGGACACUGACUUGCCGGAAGUGGAUCUUUAUCAGCUUCAGGUUAAUACCCUCAGGCGAUAUAAACGAUUUUAUAAGGUAUCCACUCGACCCGGCAUAAAUAAAGCUCAGCUUUCUGAGACAAUCAUGAAACACUUCAAAACCAUUCCGAUUAAGGAAAAGGAGAUUCUCACCUACUUCAUCUACAUGGUUAAGUCGAACUCAAACAAGCUAGAUCAAAAGAAUAAUGUUGGGAGUGAAGCUACUUGAAAAUUACAAGGAUAGCCCAUGCCGCCGACUAGCCGACAUUGGAAAAGAUAACUGAAAUUUCAAAAUAUGUAGGAUUAAUUUUAUUUUGGACAAGGUGGAAUCACUCAUUGUUUCAUAACAGAUCAUCCAGAAUACAAAUAAGGCGAGGACUUCUCCUUCUUUGUAGUUCAUGCGAUGCGAUAAAUAAAAAUCGAAAGAA